AUGAAGGAAGCAGCUGCUCAGCGUCUGAUCUUUCUGAUCUCACUGCUGUUCUGGACAUCAGGUCAAGUUCUCCCAGUUCAUCUGACUGUGAAUCCCAGCAGAUCUAAGUUUUUUGACCUUGAACCAGUGACUCUGAUCUGUGAGGAUGAAAACAGAUCUGAUGGAUGGACUGUGAGGAGAAACACAAGCAGAGGAACCAGGACUGAAUGUAAAGAUGGAUGGGGAGCUGCAGUUGGUUCUACCUGUACCAUGAACUUAGUACAAGAUGAUACUGGUGUGUACUGGUGUGAGUCCAGGUCUGGAUCCUCCAGCAGCAGCAGCAGCAGCAUCCAGCUCUCUGUCUCUGGUGGAUCAGUGAUCCUGCAGAGUCCUGUCCUCCCUGUGAUGGAGGGAGAUGACGUCACUCUGAGCUGCAGAGCAAGGAAUCCAACCCACAACCUCCCAGCUGCUUUCUAUAAAGAUGGCGUCGUCAUCGGCAACGAGUCUUCAGGUCACAUGACCCUCCUCCAUGUUUCCAGCUCUGAUGAAGGCCUCUAUAAAUGUAACAUCAGAGGUCAUGGAGAGUCUCCAUCCAGCAGGAUCUCUGUCAAAGAGAAACCUCCAACCACCUCUCCACCUUCCUCCUCCUCCUCUUCCUCAGAGAAACCCACCAACAUCUCUGUCUCUACAGUCCCACCUGGUCCAGGUUCUUCCUCCAGUUUUCCCUUAAUGGAGCUUCUUGUUGCAUCUGGUUGUGGUUUGGUUUUCCUGGUGUUGCUGGUUGUUCUGGUUUUACUGGUGAAACACUUUUAUAACAAACCAAAGGUGAUGAAGGAGGAAGAGGAGAGGAUGACAUCACUUCCAGAAACAUCAGGAUCUCCAAAGGGAGCUGGAGUUUAUUCAGCAGUAAAAACAGGAGAAGUGACUUAUGGAGAGAUAAUCAUCAAUGAGAAGAAGAAGAAACCGAAGGCCAGAGGCAGUGAAGGAGCUGGAGAAGUGACUUAUGGAGAGUUAGUCACCAACCAGAAGAAGAAGCAGAAGAGGUCAAAGGCCAAAGAGAAUCAAUCAGGCCCAGAUGUUCUCUACUCCUCAGUGAGGUCACCCAGAGUUGACCUCUGACCUCCAGCAGCUGUCAGAUCUACUGGGAUCAGCUGGACUGGUUUCCAGUUGCAGCUCAGGAAACCAGUAGCAUGAGCUAAGUGUUGCAGUCAGAGACAUAGCUAAUGGCUAACAGCAGCCCAAGCUAACAGCAAGCUAACAACAAGCUAAUUCUUUGCUUUUUAUGUAAUUUAACUCAGCAGCAACAUGUUGACCAGCAGAGGAAAUAAAACAUUUCA